GAGUUAGCCGUGAUUGCGUCGCCGUUUCGUCGUCCUCGGUUCCCCUCCCCCCGCUCUCCCCCCUCGUCUUCGUCGGCCUCGUUUUCACGUCGUCGUCAUUGUCGUCGCGUGACUCUGUGAUGGGACGGCAUCAACAGUAAGAAACGUUCUCCGAGGGCCGAGAUGCGCGUUUCGACCGUCCCGUCCGAUUCCGGCGAGAUCUCCCCUGGGUCAACUGGGUCAAGUGCCAACGGAGCGGCGCGGCCUGAUUUAGUGCCCCGAAGAGACGACCGGGCUCCGGGAACGGAGAGCUCCUCUUUCGGCCGCGUGCAAUUAGAACGUGCCGCCGGGCCGGGGCGGAUCGGGCCGCGGGUGAAAAAUUGAUUCGCGCCAUCGCGACGAUGAUGAGCGCGUCAGUUUGUCCGCGGUUGCACGCGGAAGCCUACGGGCGAUAAGUGGUUCUGGUUAAGGAAGCUGCGAUUAAUCGGCACUGCAUUUAUCGUGCUCCAGUUUCCGCUCCGUGAGUCGAGCAGGGCAAGAAGCAGCUCGCGAUUCAGGAGAGGCAGAGGAAACGACGGAACAGCCGACACAUGUAGCAUUCGGGCAUCAGUAUAAUGAAGCCGUCCAUGAAAAUGGGAGUGAUCGCCUUGAUUGGGAUCUGCGUAGUCUUUUAUCAAUAUCACCUGUCCACCGGCGUUACUUUCGAUCAAGUAACGGCCUUCAAUGCCGAUACCUCCGCGGACGACGCCGGGGAUUUGCCGAUCGGUGAGGAGGGUGACAGCAAAACCCCAAGGCUCGCCGAGGAAAUGAUUCGAUACGCCGUGUACCGAGUACAAAUCACGAACGGCCUGAGCCCGGAAAUAAGCUCGAUGCUCGUGCAGGAGCUUAUCAAUCAGUUAAGCAAAAACGUCUCGGCGGCCUCCAGAAGUAAUUUCAAGUCCCCGCGGCAAUCGCAACCCCUGACUACGGCGUCGCACAAGGCGGUAACGCCGUCACGUCCAUCACCCUCCACCGAGGAGUCGUUCGAAGAACCCCUGUACAUCAUCACGCCCACAUAUCGAAGACCCGAACAGAUACCCGAACUCACGAGGAUGGCCCAUACCUUGAUGUUAGUGAGGAAUAUACAUUGGCUCGUGAUCGAGGACGCUACCGUCGCUACCAAGCAAGUUACCACGUUGUUGGAGAGGACCGGCUUGAAGUUCGAUCAUUUAAUCGCUCCGAUGCCGGAGAAAUACAAACUCAAGAAGGGCGCGAAGCCGCGAGGGGUGUCGAAUAGAAAUCGCGGUUUGCAGUGGAUCAGGGCAAAUGCCACGAAAGGCGUGUUCUAUUUCGCCGACGACGACAAUACUUAUGAUAUUGAACUUUUCGACGAGAUUCGCAAGACGAAGACGGUGUCAAUGUUCCCGGUGGGGCUGUGCACCAAGUUCGGGCUGAGCUCGCCGAUCCUGAAGAACGGCAAGUUCGCCGGGUUCUACGACGGCUGGAUAGCCGGCCGGAAGUUCCCCGUGGACAUGGCCGGAUUCGCCGUGAACGUCGGGUUCCUGCAUCAGCGGCCGAACGCGACGAUGCCGUUCCGCGCGGGAUACGAGGAGGACGGCUUCCUGAAGAGCCUGGCGCCGUUCGAGCCGCGGGACGCCCAGCUGCUGGCGGACAACUGCACCAAGGUGCUCGCCUGGCACACGCAGACGAAGAAGAACGAGCCGAGCGCGCCGCUGGACAUGAAGCUUUACGGCGCGACGAACCUGGUGAAGCUCAAGCAGCAGAUCGUAUGAUGCCGGCCGGGACAACGAAGACGCGCGGUAGACUCGAACCUGAAUCUUGUGUGUGUAAUCUCGCCCCUCCUUCGCACUAGUUCAUCGGUGUCACUCCAGGGGAAAAUUCCUAGGUGCGGAAAACUGUGCGAUUCAGUGCCUAAAAGUAUAUCUGCCCUCUCUCUCACGGCGCGAGAGCGGGAAAACCGUUAUUACCUUUUAAGCAUAUAGCCGGAUAAAAACGAAUCGUUUUUUUAUCAGCUUUUACACACAUCCGCAACAAGUAGCUCGCCCCGCGAAGACGGUCUCCACCCUUGCUUCGAAAAAA